AUGGAUUCAGAGGACGAUGAUGCUAUGUAUGACGACGAGCAAGAGGACAGCUUUAACGAAUCCGGCUCGGAAGAAGGCGACGAAAGUGACUUCGACAUCGAUUGCGAUGAACCCUCAACUCCGAAGAGACCUCACAUAAAUGACGAUUUUCAUUACGAAUGUCUAACUCCUGAAGCUUUAGUCAGUUAUAUGAAUGAUAUCAUCGAUGAAGUAAAUAAUGUUUUUCAGGUAAGUGUCCGAGGUCUCGCGAAAGUACGUAAGUUUUUAAGCUUACGUUUUACAUAUUCCUCAAUGCAUGCAAACAAAAACAAUGCACUGUGCAUUGCAUGGUAGAUCUUGCUAGCGAUAUUCUAAAAAAAACGGUGGUUUUGACAAACCGCUGAGUACUAUAGGAUUUCAAUACUUUAAUUUCAUACUACAAGAAUAAAUAAAGGAUUUAAUUAAGCAGUUAUCUGGUGGUUUUGAGGGUCUUCAGAAAAGCUUUUAAUUUUUCAUCUUUUGUGUUCUAAACAUUGCUUAAUUUUGCUGAUUCGACCAUUCCGAGAUUUUCUGUUGAUUACAAGGAUUUAAGACGUUUCUGUUGAUUAGCUCCGGUUAAUGUCUUUAUGAUUUUCUUUGAUUUACUGGUGAUAACCAUACUAAAGAGGAACUAUUAUGAGCUUUUUUGUAGCUUAUUAUUUCAAAAACAUUAAUGCAUCUCAUGCUGAGGUAAUUAACAUGGAACAUAAACCAUGCUGAAUUUCUUCCUGGACUAAGGAAGCUGACACAUUUCUAGGCUCAAUUACCAGCCGCUGUUCAGGAAAAUGAGCCCGCACUCAAAGAACAGACCCAGGAGACAGCGGAAAUCGAGCCUAACACAUUUCUGCCCUCUAAAAUCACUCACCAGAGAGUUGUGAAGUUAGAUUUUUUAUUAUGCGUUUUUGUAGUUUCAGUUUCUUUUAAGAAACAGUUUAACUGUUAUGCAAAGUAAUAUUCUCAUCAACAAAUCAAACAAAAUUCUACAAAAUUGCCCAUUUUAAGACGCCCCCUUAGGGGGGUUACAUAUGUCACUAGUCUGAAUUUCAAAUAUCGGCGUUUCACGUUUUGAGGAUAAGGCCAUGUCCCUGUCGGUAUUUAACCCAUCAUUAUGUCAUUUUUCACCAUUUCAUCUAGUCUUAUGUCACUGUUUCAUGGCCCUGUCUAUUGUGGGAAAUGUACCCUAACCUGGCCUCUUUCAAGUUUUGCCUUGCCAUUCACAAUAUUGUACUAUAAUAUGCAUAUACAAGGCAUCACUUACAUUAUAUAAAGAGGUCAUUUUAAAGAAACUUUGAUUCGUUCUGUGUUGGUGGAUGAAACAUAAAUGUUUUUGGUAUCUUGAGAAUCCAAGGAAGAUCAUUACAUGAAAGGGCCUUGCUGGCGAGAAAGACCCAGAAUUUAAAACAAAACUUUUGUGUCCUCAGUCUCCCUUGAAGAGUUAAAUCUCAGGAUAAAAUCAGCAUUCUCUGACAGAAUUUAGAUUGUGUAAAAACAUGAGGUACCAAACUCAUACACAAGCUGUAGUGUGAGGGCCGCCACUUGGAUUUUAUGUUGUUGGGUAUAUGCAAGUUUUAAGUAAGAGAUUUAACAGUCAGGUAUCGGUUGUUCAAAGGCUGGAUAGUGCUGUCCACGGAUAAAUCUCUAUCCAGUGGAUAAAAAAAUUAGUUUCCCCAAUACUUAGCUGCUGAAUAGUGAUUUAUCCGGUAAGUAGCACUAUCCAAUGUUUUAACAACCGGGACCAGGAAGUUUUUUUUAUCUCUUUUCCCUGUAGAAGUAGGUGGUGCUCGAGCUCAUAGUUUCUAGGGGAAUUCCCUGGAACUCAGCCAUUAUUGACUGUCCCAUGAAAUUUGCAUGCUUGGUAUUCAGCCCAGUUUUUGUAGUCUGAAUAAGUUAGGAAUCAUUAUGUAUAUCUGUUGAAUAUGAUGCCAGUCUAUUGCAGUGCCAUCUACAGUGUCAUGUCUGUAGCUUCAACACUGAUCUUUACCUCUUACAUUGCAAGUUGAACAAACUUCUCCAGGGUGACUCCUCCAUGUGUCCAUGGGCACAGAUAUACCAUGUCUUUUGUAUUGUACUUGUAAGAGUGAAUUUUGUUUUAACCUUAGUUUUUUUUGUUUUCAUUUGCCACAGUUACCAAGACCAACUACAAGGAUUCUUUUAAGUCACUUUAAAUGGGAUAAAGAAAAACUACUAGAAAGGUGAGCCAUUUUAAGUAAGAACCAACUACCAUUUAUUAAAUUUAAUAAUAAGUUGUUUUGUAAUGUUAUCAUAUGAUAACUUUUUCCCUUGUCAUCUGUGCCGUUUUGUUUUCUAUCACUGGAGGAUGAGAAGGAGUCUCGACAUUUUGAAUUAAACUUUGUCAAACAUCAUCCAGUUAUUGUGUAAUGGAGUGCAUGGGAUUAGGCCCCAAGUGACAUCUGAUCUAAAGUCAAAAUUAAUAUAUUUUUUUUACUUUCAUUUGCAAACAUAAUGUACAGGCAAUGAUUUGGAUGGAGAAGCCAGCAGUUUAUCAGAGGUCACCUGAGGCUUGAUUCUGUUUCAAUUGUCCUUUUAAAAACAAAACCAAAGUUUAUGACUUCAGUCAAUUUAUCACAACACAUCCACAGAAAAGCAAAUUAAUUGACUCCCAGUCAAAUACACUCACUAAAAUGACUUGUGACAGCAAGUCACAAUUUAGAACAAACUUAGUUCAUAUUGUUUAUGUACGUUUCACAAGGUUUUUCAGCUACUCACAAGCAGUUUCAGUUCAAACCCAAAGCACCCCUGAAAUAAGCACUGAGGGGUUAAUAUUUUAUUCAUCAUAGGUAUUACAGUGGAGAUCAAGACAGACUCUUUACUGAAGCUCACAUAAUUAGUCCACAUAGAACAAAUGCUAGACCAGUUUCAACUAAAAGGGUAAGUGACAAAAGCUAGUUCAUGAUUUAAUGACCUUUCUUGAUUUCUGAGCAAAAUUGUGAAUAUGACCGUAAUAAUCUUCUGUGCGGAAUGAAUUCUUACCUUUUUGUCCCAAUUCCUUAAAUUGUUAUUAAAGGAGUUCAGUUUUUUGGAAUCUCUGAUAUUGCCUGCGUUGCUGAAUGUUAGUAAUCUUUGUAAUGUAGGUUAACACAAGGUCGUCAUCAGCAUCAACAGAGGCAAACUGUGAAAUCUGCUUGAAUAUCACACAGGCAUCAGUAAGUGAGAUCAAUACCAAUAACAAGCAGAGCAAGCAAACUGCAAUAUGGUCUAGAUGGUAUUAAUGUAGUCUGCAAACAGGCUCCUAAGUGGAGCGGUGCAAAAAAAAUCGGCAAAUGACUGGAGCCAAGCAUGGCUUGGGGGAGAAAAAAAGGUGCGGAAGCCUGAAGGCUUUGUUUUGAUCCCACGUAUCCACCCCCUUGCAUUUAUCCUGUAACACAUAGGUCUAUAACAUGUCUGUAAAGUACAGAUUAGACCAGUCAAAUUGUAAUGUUUUUUUUUUGUGGCUCAAUGGAUUGGCUUCAAUAACAUUCAUGUGCGGGUAGGUAUUUUUCAUGGAAUGAGGAAGAUAUUCAUUCAAUAAUCAUCACUCACUUGUCAACUGUCAUCGAUCUGACCAAUCAGAUCAUGUAGCAGAAUCUGGUACCCUGGAUGGGCAGCAUCAAAACAAAGUCUACAGGCUCUCCCAUCUUUUUUUCUCCGAUAACCCAGGUUCAACUCGCUUGGCUCGCUUUUUUUCUUUUUCACCCUGCUCCAUUCGGGAGCCUGUUUGUGGGCUAGUAUAGAAUGUGGCUUAUGAUUGUUACUACGCUUGAAAAACACUGCCAGGACAAAGUGAUACAAACUACAUGCAUUUUUCUAAGACCUUUACAUUCUUGUUACAUGUAACUCACUGCAGGAUACUCCUUUUGUUCCUACACAGGCUUUUACUGGUUUAGAAUGCAGUCAUAGGUUUUGCAGUAGAUGUUGGAAGGAGUACAUUACUACUAAAGUUAUGGAUGAGCAUGUAGGAGAGGUGGGGUGUAAAUGUAAUGUUUUCUUUUCCGAUUACCUCAGACAAAAGAAAACUAUUGAGUUAAGAAACCAAAUGUUUCUGACUUAGAAAUUAAGACAUUUUCAUAGUCAUUUUCAACUAAUAAUUUGGAUAACUGUGGUAGGCAGCCCAUAAGAUAUGGUGCAUUAAAAUAUCAGAAAUUGUGCAAUAUUUUCAUGGUAGAUUGUGUGAUAAGAUAGGUUUAUUAUGCGAUAAAUUAUGUGUUUUGGGGGGGCUACAUGUACAUGUAAUAAUUUAUUAACUUUGGUUUAACCAGGUUUCAAAUUAGAAAAAUCACUUUAAUGUUGUUUAACAAGCAAUUUGAAUGUAAAAGAAUAAUAAAACAUCUAUUUUAAAACAAAAAUAGUUAAAUUUGUCCAAUUAUCUUGACAUGGAAAAGAAAACAAAUAGAAAGAAAGAAAAAGGACACUUGUUUAAUAUUACAUGUCGCCAUUACACUGCUGACCACACUGCUUGUCUCUGAAAUCAAAAUGGCUGCCCGGAUACUGCGAUCAAAGCUUUAAGAUGUCUUGCAAGGCUUUCCUUACUGGUAAAUCAUCUUAAAUAACUUUAAGAUUGGGAAAAUGUUUGAUUACUUAACUUGAAUAUGCAAUUUUCCCUCAAUUAUUGUGCGAUCGUAUGCGAUUUGAGGUCAAUAAUUGACCUCAAAUCGGAUGCGAUAGGUCAAUUAUUGUGCAAAAUCAAACCAUCACAUAGUAUCAGAUGGCUUGGGUAGGAGAUUACUUAGUAUAAAGUUAUCUUCUACCUCAGUUAUCUUUUUGAUUUAAUAAUUACUGUGACAUUUUUCUCUUUUGCAGAAUAUUUCUUGUCCUGCUCACAAGUGUGACAUCCUUGUAGAUGAAGUUUUUGUCGGGUGGGUUUCUAACACAAAUUAACCCUUGUUGCUUCAGUUAAAGCUGUUCCUUCCUUAAUGAUAAUCAUCUUUAACAUAGUGUUUAAAACGUGAACAGCAGUAACUGACUUCAGACUUUUCAGGUUGCUAGUUUUAACGGGGUAUAAAGGUUCUUACGUGUCAUUAAAUUCAUGACGUCAAUUGGACAAAAUGCAUAAUGAGUGUUAAUGAGUAUACUGAAGUGUAUUUAUUUUCUGUAAAUCACAUUCUCUAGCUUCAAAUCUUGGCAAGUUAACCGUAUUGUGUUGUACUGUCAAUGGAUUGUCAUUUUUUUCAUGUUGAGAAAUGGUACUCCUUUCUCUGACAGGAAAGUUGUAAAAGAUAGCAAAGUGAAAGCUCGAUACCACCAUCUGAUAGCUCACAGCUUUGUUGAGGUAGGUUUAGGUAAAAGAAGUAAAGGGUUAAUAGGGAGCUUGAAGGAGCUGUAUCAUAAAAUUUAUUGAAUUUACCACAAAAUUAAGUGAAACAUAAAAAGUAACUGAAACAUAAAAAAUAACUGCUCAGAACGUUUAAUAAAGUUAUAAAUAACAUAGAAAAUACAAAAUGAGGCAUGGAUGGACAAACUUGAAAAAGAUUGAAACAGAUUGUGAUUUUUUAAAACUUGAAAACCUGAGAUGGACUUUUUGCAUUCUUGGUCAGAGAUUUUGUCCAAAUUUUCAGGCAGAUCAUAGCUAUAAGGGUGAAGACACUUACCAAUACAAACUUGGUGUCAAGGGAUAUUAAAUGGGAAAAGGCCUUACAGUACAUCCGGUAGAUGGUAGAUUGCCAAAAUCGUCUUUGCUUAAGCUCCCUAUUUUAUAAGGAGGCCAUGACUUGAACAAUUUUAGAAUUAUGUACAAGUGCAUUAUUACCUUUGUUUCUUGCCUUCUGUAGAGUAACCGAUUGAUGAGUUGGUGCCCUGGUCCAGACUGUCAAAAUGCAGUCAAAGCUAACUACCACGAUGCUUUACCAGUGACAUGCCUCUGCGGCUAUACAUUUUGGUGAGUCUCUUCAUCAUUGUUUACUUUGUCCAAUUGGAUUGGAAUUCUGAUUUUCCAACCAUUAAAAUCCUGUGUAAUCAAUUAUGUAAAGUAGAUUUGUGUAAACUAAUUUCCUUUCCUUAGCCUGAUUUUUCAAACCACAUGAUUAUCUUAUCAAGUUUGCCUUUACAGGAAACUAAAAUAAUGUAUCUGUCUUCUUUUGUAGUUUUGGCUGUGGAGAACCAGUUCAUGAGCCUGUUAGAUGCCAUGUAAGUCAACACUACAUUCAGAUGAAAGUUUAAACUACCACUUAAUAAUAUUGACCAGUGAGGUCAAUAACUAGAGUUUAAUACCAUAAGCUGACGUGAUACAACUCACCUUGGCGCUGAAGAUACUACUGCACGGUUACUGUCAACAACAGUCGUAUUUAGCACUCACCUCAUCCAGGCGAUCAUAUUCCACCCACUUACAUGCAUAAAUUGACUCCUGGGCUCAAACCAUUCACUGUUCAAGCAUUAUAUCUUAUUCUAUUUGUCGUCCUUGUCUAUUUAUUUAUAUCUCUAGUGGCUCAAGAAGUGGAUAAAGAAGUGUAAUGAUGACAGUGAAACAUCAAACUGGAUAUCAGCAAACACAAAGGUCUGUUUCUGUUUUAAAACUGCAGUUCUAUCCUUUAUCGGGCACUGUUGAUAAUAAUAAUUAUUAAAUGAAUACAUAUUAAAUUAUAAUGUCAGUGACAUUUUCGUUAUUGUUUGAUCCUGUGAUUGUAGGAAUGUCCGAAGUGUCAUGUGACAAUAGAAAAAAAUGGUGGCUGUAAUCACAUGGUUUGUCGUAAUAACAACUGCAAGGUAACUCUACUAUAGAAGACUUGUUUGUUGUGUAAGUUGUGUACUGCAGUGAUUUUGUUACCUCUGCAUCCUGCGUCCCUAAUGCAUAAAAAUCCCCAGACGCAAAAUAAUUCAUGACAUGUGUUCCGUAGGACACAAAGAUUGAUCUGAGCAUAUAUCCCGCCUGUUCGUGUAAUUUCUGUGGCAGUUAUUAUGGCGGUUAACACUGUUUAACGAUGUAUAUUUCUAUUAGCCUUUGUUGUGCUGAAACAUAGAAGGACUAUAUUUUAAUUUCAGUAUACUGUAAUGCAGAGUUCUGGAGUCUUUCUUCAGAUUAAUUGUCUGGUUACAUAAAGGCCCAACCAUAUUCAGUUUUCGGAUUGGUUUUUUUUUUUAACUGGGACUCAUUGGUUCUGGACUGGGACUCAUGAUUUUUUACAAGAUGAGUCCCAGACUACGAGUAGUCCCCAUUUUUCCUCAGGGAUAGUAGAGCGAGCGAAACGCUAGCACGCGUGAAAAUCACCCCAUGCGAGAAGAGGCGAGUGUUGCGUGGUGUGAUUUUCACGCGCCCUCGCAUUUCGCUCGCUCUACCUAUUCCUGAGGAAAAAUGGGAGACUACUCUUAGUCUAGAUGAGUCCCAGCACUCACCAUAACUAUUUGUAACAAAAUCACUGGUACUGUCAUCAAUAGUCCAUUUGACAAUAAGAAACUUAGUUGCACAUGACUGUGCAAACCUUGAGCCAGAUUAAUAGUUAGUCCCCUCAAGGUAAGCUGUAUAUCCCAAAUACUGUUUCAUGACAAUAGGUCAUUGUUUCAUUGUUAAUAGACUGCUAAAAUUAAUACAGUAUGAUCAUAAAUGAGAAGAGCUUUGUAAGUCUUGCCCUGAUUUACAACUUUGUUAAUAUUUGGAAGUGGCAACUUGUUUUGCUUACAUAGUUUGAAAAAGGUGGAUUGAGUGAAGUGGACUUGAAGGGAUAUAGGGUACUUACCAUUUGUAAGGGAAAUCCAGAAAUUCUGGUCGGAAAAUCAAAUGUUUUGCACCCUUCCUUUUGGAGAACUUCGGAAAGCAUGGGCUGUGAUUUGAGGGGAGGCAAUUUUCGUACUCUUUUUAGUCUGUUCUGCUGCUUUGGAUAUUUUAUACAUUGUGGUGGGUCAUUCUCCCAGCACGUCAAAUUUUAUAGUUUUACUUUUAUGCACAAGAUUUCCAGCCGGGUGAUUUGUGUAAAUGGUAAGCACCCCUUGGUCUACUGACUUGUCUUGAACAGAUUCCUGGCAGACAAAUGAGAAAUUAUGAUACCUUUUCUAUGUACUGGAACAAGUAAAAUACCUGUAUUGGUAUCAGUAUAUACAGAUAGACUAUCUCUUACCCCAGAGAAACAACUAGGCUCCCAGGUAGAACAAUAAUCCCAUUCCAACAUCAGGGAAACUGUGGUCACCUUUCAUGUAACUAUGUGAAAACGUGCUUAUUCACUCAUACCCCGAAACAGAACGUAAAGUCUAGCCUGCGAGCAAGCUCUCCAGGGUCCACCCACCUCGCUGCCAGAGUGCCCCUGAGAGCUUGCUCGCAGGCUACGUAAAGUCGUGUACUGGUGAACAAUAUGUACCAUAAAGGUUGUUUUCUCAUUAAUGAGAUCUGAUAAGACUCAGAAGUUAGUGCUAUUAGAGAUUUUGGUUGUAUUACUCGUGGACCCUAUAAGUGAUUGACCAGUCUGCAACUGAAUUUUGUUAGAUUUUGUGAUGAACAACACACGAGAACUAUUUGCAAUUUAUUCUGUUCCAUAGGCUGACUUUUGUUGGAUGUGUCUAGGACCCUGGGAACCUCAUGGAUCAAGCUGGUAAGAAUUCCUCUCCUUUCUCUCGGGUUUGCUUUAACCUUCCAUUAUAGCCUGUAUAGCUGGCCGAAUUGUCUCUGGGCAUGUGAGAGUUUUGGCAGCAAAGCAAGCCCCAAAGACACAAGAACAUUCCAAAGUGUCUCCUCUCCGUUCUCCAAACAGCUUCACAGCUCCUCUGCGAAAACUUUGCUUGUGCUAACGUUCCCGUCGGCUAUGCAGGCUUCUUCCAGCAAUUUUUUUGUUGUUUUCAAAACUCUUAUGUCCAGAAAUGCACUUAAGGAGCUGUGUCACGAAAACACUGAGAACUGCCAUGAACUUGAUUGAAUUAAAAAAUAAUGGCUCCAAACAUUAAAAGAAGGGAUUAUCGAUCGCAAAAUGAUAAAAUUUUUGGUAACUUGUUUCCGUCUGUCACUAUGUAAAUUCUCGCCAAAAAACCGUAGUUAAGUAGAAUGACGACGGCCAUCGCGUUUUCUCGCCAAAAUCGGGACUUCAAAAUCCGAUGGCGCGACGGCAACGCAAGGGUAAGCAAAACAACAACUUUGCGCGGGCAUCAAACGUUUUUGGAUAUUUCUUUGUCGUUUUUGCACGGCUACGACGUCAAAAUGUCUAAUAACGUUGGUUCACGUGCGCUCUAUAGUACCGAGAAAGUAUCAUUCUCGUAGUCGUCCUCAGCUUAUAAUCUGCAGGUCUAUAUUUCUUCUUGAUUACCGAUGGUUGUUACAUAAUAAAUUAGUGUACAGCUGAAAGCUGAGAUCUUCUUUGUGUGUGUGUGUGUGUUUUGUCAUUAUAUUCAGGUACAGUUGUAAUCGUUAUGACGAGAAAGAUGCCCAGGCUGCCCGGGAUGCUCAAGCUGUAAGUAUUCAUGUUCUGCUGCAGAGGGGUUCAUAUUAAUUUUUUUAAUCCUCUCUGCUUCAAAAUCGCUCUUGAUUUAGCUUCCAAACAUAUCAUUACCUGCAUUCUCUUUGUAUUUAAACCUACACGAUGUGCAAGUAAGAAUAGUCUGUUUUUGGUACUGAAAAUACUGGGACCGUCAUUCUUGACCAUUUAGCUGCCAUCUUAGAGUAUCCUGUUAUAAUAGCAAAUGUACCUAAAGGCUUACAGAAUUGGACAAGGGGGGAGAAAGUGGAAAUUUAUCAUUUAGUUGGCAAGGGAUGUGACAUAUAAUUUGAUUUUACUCAAAAAAUUCUCACACUAAUAGAUUGAGUUUGAAAAUUCAUUUUUUAGAAAUCACGGCAAGCCUUGGAGCGUUAUUUGUUUUACUGUAACAGGUACAUGAACCAUGCCCAGAGUGCCAAGUUUGAAUACAAGGUAAGCUGUUGUACCCUAGUGAUUUGAAAAACAAAAUUUUGUUAUACAGCGAGUCAGGAAAAAAGAAGUCAAGUAGCCUGCGAAAACAGCCGUUUCUUUUCGCUCCUCAUCGCUAGGAACGUUUCGGAGAAGAGACGUCUGCGCUUUAGCGACAGAAAUUCCCUACUGAUGUAGAUGCGCUUAUACGUUUCUGCAGUGAUUUUGCCGAUACUCUCCAGCAUUCAUCGAUAAAGGUUUACCUUUCAGCAAUCCGGUCCCUUAACAUCGAGGAGGGUCUGCCUUCUCCUCUAGUUGGUUCUCUUCGGUUACAGCGCUUGUUGUGGGGUAUCAAACGUCACCCAGGCUCUAACUAAUAACCGCGGCAAGAUUAGCUCAGUCGGUAGAGCGCUUGACUGCAGAGCGGCUCAUCGCUGGGUUGCGGGGAUUUGCCAGCCAUGAGGGCAGUAUUCUAUCUAGGGGCUGGCUGGCCACAGUGGAAGCCCCUGGGUAUCCCAGGCUCCCAUCUUCUACUUAAGCGAGGCAGUUGGUUAACUGAAAUUUAUUUCUUUAAGAAUAUUUUAAAUAUAUAAUCUUUUGUUCUGCGCCAGAGAACUCAGUACUCGUAUACGCUGAAGCUGAGAAUAGAUUUAUGCUUGAUGUACGCCAGUGCUUAGAGCUUUUGCGUGCUUGAUCUCUUUAGCUGUAUGCCCAGGUGAAGCAAAAGAUGGAAGAAAUGCAGCAGCACAACAUGUCAUGGAUUGAGGUUUGUGUUCGUGCUGUUUAGAUUUCUUUUAGCUUAUUAGUUAGAUUAAACACCGCGCUAACGGCGAACGUUGAACGUCAGCUAGCCGUCUGUCGUUUGCCGUUCCGUCUGCUGUGUUUGUUUGUUCAAGUUUCCCGUCAGCACAGCAGAACUGGGAAGCUAAAAACGAGGGUGUUAAAAUAUCUCCAAGACUUGUCCUAAAUAUUUGAACAUUAACUAGGUAUUAACUACAUGUUUCCACAUUUCUUAAUUUUUCUUUUAAACUAAGUAACAUAUGUAUGAUACACGGCAAGUGUUCUCGGUCGCCAUUCACUAUGACUGGACAAAAUAAACUGAGAAGCUGUCAUCUUUUUUCGCUUUAUUUUGAAACUCUUUUAGCUUUACAAACAGUGCAUAUAGAAGGAGGGUGAUAAACGAAGCAUAGCUAUAAAAACAAGCGAUCAAAAUGAAGAAAUAGUCGGUAGAAAUGGGCUGCAAACGUUCUCGCGUUUCCUCCAAACGGGAGAAAUACCAUCCUUGCGUUGAAACGGCGGCUGGAAAACAGCAAACGCGGUAAAAGUCAGGACACGUGACCCUUUCUGCCGUUCGCGGGAAAAAUGCGCGGUACAUAUUCUCUCUGUUGUUGUUGUUACUGUUGUUGUCGUUGUAAAGAAUAGUUUGACAAGAGGAUUUAUGCUCUCUCUCUAGGUCCAGUUUCUUAGAAAGGCCGUGGAUGUUCUGUGUUUAUGCAGGAACACACUGAAAUAUACCUAUGUCUUUGCUUUCUACCUGAAGAAAAACAACCAAUCUGUAAUCUUUGAGGUGAAUACUUCUUGUUGAAUUUUUGCAUUAUCAACAGUGUAAUACUGAAACCAUUUCACACCCCACAUUUUCACAUCGUCCGGCUGACAUGACAAGCGGAGCUCCACUGAUCUUGCAGUGUUCGCUCAGUCUUGAAUUCAAAAGUCCUUGAAUUUUAGGCGAAGUCCUUAAAAAGUCCUUGAAUUCCAUUUUUCCUUGAAAAGUCCUUAGAUUCCUGUGAAAAGUCCUUGAAAACUGAGGUUUUGUUUUUUUAAAAUGCUUUUUGGCAAGUGAAGUGAAUCAAGUUUUGAAUAAGUGAAAUGAAAAAUGUAGAGAACUUGGUGGAACAAACAGUUCAAGUCCUGUCAGAAUGGACUGGGAGUGUGCGUUUUGUGUAAUCUGUGAAGUUAUGUUCCUUGUAGGUGGUCCUUAAAAUGUCCAUGAAAAUUCCUUAAAAAAUGGUUGCAAAUUUUUGUUUGAACCCUGUCUUGUUUUUCUUGCUCGAGUUUCAAGACCUUUAGUCACACCUUCAGUUAAACCCUUCCACAAUAAAAUGGUUUGCCUGGAUGUUAGUUUUAAAAUUUUAGCUCGCCCAUCAAGAAUUAGGUGAUGUUACACGGGACGAUUUGCAACGACCAGUUUUAGCGCAGCACAGCGUUGCAAUGUUGGAACAGUGUUGUAACUAUUCGAAACAAUGUCGCAACAAUGUUGCAACACUGUGUUGUGCUAAAAACAUCACCUUUAGGUUAAAGCGCUAUAUUCCACUUCCCUCAUUACGUUAUGUGAAUAGUGAUCUUCUUUCCAAAUUUGUUGUAUUCGUUUAGUAAAAUCCAUAAUAGACUUUUAGAUGUGAGGACGAGGACGACCACGAGGACUAGAUUUGACUGAAAGUUUAUUUCGCGUAUUCCGAAAAAAAAUAGGACACCUUGGAAAGAUUCAUUUUACGUUUUUUCACCAGGAAAGUUAACACAGCUAUUUUAACGAAGCGGUUAAGCCCUCACCCGAUCGCAAAAUGAUAAAACUUCUAUCUUUCCGUCACUAUGACAUUUUCGCUAAAACCCCGUAGUAGAAUGCCGGGCAACGGUUAUCACGUUUUCCCGCCAAAAUGACGCUAGUUCACGCCGUUCACCACAAAGUAUUGAGUAAAUCUCGUUCUCCUUGUCGUCCUUAUCUUAAAAGCUAAAGGUCUCUAUUGUCUCAACACAGGAUAACCAAAAAGACCUUGAAAUGGCUACAGAAACUCUGUCAGAGUACCUUGAGCGUGAUAUAACGUCUGAGUGUUUAUCAGGUAUAAAACAAAAGGUUCAAGAUAAAUACAGGUACGUGCCCUGAGUAGUUACUUCAGUUUCUUUUGUGCUCAGUUUUCAACGUUUUUGAGGCAGUUAUUUCGGGUCCCAGGUCGGUAGCUUAAGGAAACAUCCCACAUUUGGCGCCGCCACCAUUGGUUUCCAUGCGAAAUGGCGUCUGAGAAACGAGCACAGAUAUUUCAUAUUGCUAGGUACUGCUUUUGAUUGAUUGGUUGAGGCGAGUUUCCCUCGCGGUACGGUCAAAGAAGAAAAAUACUGAAUUUCAAACCAAGCGAUACAAAAAUGUUCAGAUAUCUUGUGCACGCUAAGGCUUUUCUUUAAAAAGGCUUGGCCCUGAAAAAUUCAGAAGGGGUUUCAUGUGGCCUCAUUGGCCAAUUCCUAGCAUCCUCUAGCAAAGUUGCACCGAUGAGUGCAUAUCGUAUGGCGUAUUUUUCUGGCAAAUGAUCGCUCUGUACUUCCUGUAUGUAGUCAUCAUUUUUUAUUUUGACCGCAGCGGCGAGCUCUUAGAAACUGGCUUUUGUGAGCCAAAAAGGCUAUCUGUGAGCUGAACUUGAUGAAUUGUUCUUACUAUUCCUAGGUAUUGCGAAGCGAGGCGAAAAGCACUUUUAGACCACGUAUACGAGGGAUACGAGACCGACAUUUGGGAGUACGUCGAUUACGACUGAAGUCGUAUAUUCUUAAAGAUUAAAGAGAAUUAAUGUAAGACUAGGAUGUAAAAGGAGUAUGCUGGACCAGAUUGCUUACUGUUCAAUAGUUGAAGUUUGUAUUUGCAAAUCGUAUCAUAUAGAGACUUAUAGAUGUACAUAAAUGGACAAAUGUUUGUGCUUGAGAUGUGACCCUAAUUGGUGUUACUGUGUAUUCGUGACGUGCGUGGAGGCCGGUGUAAAACCAGACUCGCUUGGUGUACGAUGCAGCCGCGACAGAGGCGAAAAUGAAAGAUAAUUGAAACACAUUUGAAACACUCAGUAACAACGUAUGCCCCGUUCACACCAAAGCUUUAACUUGUUUAAAAGAGUUUUUGCGAAGACGAUUUAAAAUUGUUAUUAUAAGAAAGCUGUUCACUAAAUUUUGUCGACUACAAGUGUAGCACAACUGAAGGCACAAAAUAAGUCACUUGAUCUUGUGGAAUAGCCAUUCCUGCUAUUUUCUUCGACAGAUUUUCAUUUUUUUCGCCAUCUUGUUUAACCUAAUAUGCUUUUGGUGUGGAUUGGGCAUUAAACGCGCAAAGCAACUGGCGCGCUCUUUUCCUGCGAAGUGUACGAGAAUAAAUCGUUUCUUACUUUCAGCGACUGCACUAUAACCCUGACGAUGAAAAUUAUUUUUGCAUUUUAGGGGGAAAAUGUUUCUUAUGUUUCUUAAGACGGCGAGAUCAUUUUAUCUCAUUUAAUAGUGUUUUGGGAUUUUUGUUGGUGCCUUGAUUAUAAUUGAGACAACUUUCUGUUCCACAUAUUACAGUGCCUAGUUUUUUGGCAGCACCGCCGCGUUAAGGUGAUGUCACACGAGACGAUUCGCAACGACAAUUUUUAGCACAGCAAGGCGUUGCAAUAUUGUUGCGACAUUGUUUUAAGUGCUUGCAACGUUGUCCCAACAUUGCAACGCUGUGUUGCGCUAAGCAUCGUCGUUGCGAAUCGUCCCGUGUAACAUCACCUUUAUAGGCCAUUUCCGAGUAUCCUCAAGCCUCUGUUUCAAAGCGAGGCUAAGUGCAAAGCCAUUGAUCUGACGAUGAUUUUUUAAUUCUCGUGCAAGUAAAACUCAUUUUUACAAGGUAAGUUUUGCACUUAGCCCAGUUUUGUAAGUGAGAGUUUUGGGAACUCGGAAAUGGCCUAUUUGUCAAGUCAAGUUAUAAAACCGAAAAAAAUAAACAUUCAGGAUCUUGUACGCGAUCUGGAAGAUAAAGCUAGGCCGAGAAGAAAACUGGAAACAGCAAGACAGUCGCCGAUUAAUUGGCCGUAUAUGCGGAACUAUGGUGUCUGUUUGAGAUAUAUCGUGAUCAACUUGUUGUGGAACAUUUUAGGUAGUUUUAUGAUUAACAAGGAAGAACUGUGAGGACAUCUGUUUGUAGCCUCGACGUCAUUUUUUUCACUCAAAGGUGUAUGUUUCCAGGUUUCUGUUCAAUCUACUUUUCAACCCGCUUUUGCUUGUAAAUAAACUUAAUAAUUUAACUGUUGUUUCUCAAAAUGCUCUCCUCUUCCUAAAGUUUACUACUUCCCUUGAUUUACGCAUAGUAGCAUAACGGUAGACUGAGGUGAGAUUUUCACACGAAGCCCUCUAUCUUACGCGCGUGUAAGGCGAGGGAUAGUUUUUCUCUCUCUGAGUCUCACACUUUGUUUCCACCCUCGCUCCAGGCGUCGGUUGGUCAAAUAAAUAAGGUAAAUCACUAUUCGCUGGAUAAGUAUUAUGGAAAUCAAUUGCGCAAUCCACUAGAUAGAGAUUUAUCGAGUGUAUAGGGUUAUCCUGGGGCCGGGACGUUUGUAAGACCACUCCCGCGUUCUUGACCUACGCAAAUAUACAGCUGUUUCGUAACGUACGUAGCAGGGAUGCGACGAAUCUUCUGG